CACUCCUUUGACCCGAGUUGCACAACAAACACAGUGGCUAAUAGAAGCAUUUCUCACAUCACAUACCUCACCACAUCCAUCGCGCCACAAAACACUCUAUCUUCGACACGCACCUGUCCCCUUCGACCAUCUCGCUUCUCGCUAGACUGGUACUCAAGCAACCAACGCCCGAGUUAAGCAUUGUUUCCGGCACUUAACAGCACUGCCUAAUUGGCUCGUAUGCGGGAGUCGGUUAUGCUUGACGUACCCCACAGCGCGCCGCGUGCCCGAUCCCGGUCUUUAAUCUAUGCAAGCAUGUUAAACUCCCCGGACGCACCCUAUACACUUAACAUCAAAGGGGGAGGGGAGCCCGGUGGAUAAAGUAGCGCCAUAUAUACAGGCGGACGAAAGGGGACGUGGCAAAAGGAAAGAGAAGAAGUGGACAUUUUGUUCGAAACAUGUGUCACGUUCCCCACAUACACAUGAACUGAAUUAAUCAAGGGCAGUUCCUUGCACGCUUCUGUAUACAGUGUUAACCCCUUCAAGUAAUUCGUCACAAACUAUAUAAACACUGCUGGAGAUCCUCCUCAGUCACGUCUAUUCUUUCCUUCUCACCCCUCGCAGAACACAAAAGUCCCACGCCAACACCAAGCCACACAAGAUGAAGUUCACCACUACAGCAGCGGCCCUCUCUCUCGCCUCCCUGGCAUCCAGCACCCCCGUCGAGCUCUCCGAGCGCCAAUCCUGCCCCAAAGUCUACGUCUUCGGUGCCCGCGAAACUACCGUUUCCCCCGGCUACGGCACAGCCGGUGGUCUCGUCCAGCAAGUGCAGAAUGCGUACCCAGGAACCGGCGCCGAAGCUAUCGUUUACCCUGCCUGCGGUGGUCAGGCUUCGUGCGGUGGUGCUAGCUACGACAGCUCAGCGAGCCAAGGCACCGCAGCCGUCGUCAAGGCUGUGACGGCAUACAACCAGAAAUGUCCCGAUACGCAGAUUGUGGUCAUUGGGUACUCCCAGGGCGGCCAAAUCUUCGACAACGCCCUCUGCGGCGGCGCAGGCCAGACCCUCUCCGGCAACGCGCUCAAAGCCGUCAAAGCCGCCAUCUUCAUGGGCGACCCGCAUAACCAGGUCGGACUUCCUUACAACGUUGGCACGUGCCAGGCUGGUGGUUUCGCCGCCCGUCCUCAAGGCUUCAAGUGCUCGCCCGCCGACUCCAGCAUCAUCAAGUCUUACUGCGACUCGUCGGAUCCUUACUGCUGCAACGGCAACGAUGCCAACUCGCACCAGCAGUACGUUAACAAGUAUGGUAGCCAGGCUUUGGCUUUCAUCAAGUCCAAGAUCACUGCUUAGGUGAGGGAAGGGUUUUUUGUGCGUGGAGAUUAACAGGGGAGUGUUCUUGUUGUAUAUACUCAAGUAGUUAUUGGAUUUCGUCAUUUGAUGAGCCCUCAAAAACCAAGCCUUGACAUU